AUGAAUAUACUCUUAAUCCUUGCGACGAUGAUCCACGGGGCUUUGUGUGUUUGGGAGCCGUUAAUGAGAGACAACUCAAGUAGAAUCGAUGCCCUAAAUACCCUUGGAUGUAUCCAAGCCAGUGAUCCCAGUGUGUCAUUUGAUGUAUACAUUGGCAGAAGUAACGAUUUGGUAUUAGUGCCAAACGAGCCACUUCGGAGGGGAUCGAGGGUGUCCCGACAUGCGUUUCGGUGUUUGUGUUACUACGGGUACAACAUUAUGUUUUCCAUGGAGGAUCCUUCCCCUUACACUAAGAGGUUGAGAUUACUGGGUGAUUUAGAUGGUGUAUUAGAGAGGAGUGAAGAUUUCCCCGAAGUUAGUAGGCUGCAACCAAUAGGAGAAUUUAUAAUGGGAGAGCAAAACCUUGAGGGAGAUGAUGACGAAGACGAUGAUUGGGAUGACUAUGAGGAGGAAAGUCAAAGUGAGACUGAUGAUCGGGAUUUCAGUGGGAAUAUCAGGAGUUUCCCCAUGGAGCCGCCCACAUGGAGUGAGAGUGAUAGCGGCGAAGAGUACGAGAGGUACACCAACAUAGACUACUAUAGAUAUGCCUACCAAAUGGAGUCGAUGCUGGUAUCGAACAUGGGUAUUCUGAUUGGCAUGUCGAGCAAGUAA